CACAAGAAGUUAAAAAGUACCAUCCAGAGAAGCACAGAAACAGGAAUGGCGGCUGAAAUGCGGAAGAUGGUGAGACAGCCAAGCCGGGAGUCCACAGAUGGCAGCAUCAACAGUUAUAGCUCGGAGGGAAACUUAAUAUUUCCUGGAGUUCGAGUAGGACCCGACAGUCAGUUCAGUGAUUUUCUUGAUGGACUGGGGCCAGCUCAGCUUGUUGGCCGCCAAACCCUUGCCACUCCUGCCAUGGGUGAUAUCCAAAUCGGGAUGGAGGAUAAAAAAGGGCAGUUAGAAGUUGAAGUUAUCAGAGCCCGGAGCCUUACACAAAAACCUGGCUCCAAGUCUACGCCUGCGCCCUAUGUAAAAGUGUAUCUCUUGGAAAAUGGAGCCUGCAUUGCCAAAAAGAAGACAAGAAUUGCACGGAAAACCCUCGACCCUCUCUAUCAGCAGUCCCUGGUAUUUGAUGAAAGUCCACAGGGUAAAGUUCUGCAGGUGAUCGUCUGGGGUGACUAUGGAAGAAUGGACCACAAAUGCUUUAUGGGUGUAGCUCAAAUCUUGUUGGAAGAACUUGAUCUGUCCAGCAUGGUGAUUGGAUGGUAUAAAUUGUUCCCUCCAUCAUCACUGGUGGAUCCCACUCUCACUCCCCUGACCCGCCGGGCUUCCCAAUCAUCUCUGGAGAGUUCAUCUGGGCCUCCCUGCAUCCGAUCAUAG